UUUUAUUAUCACUGACUAUUUUUGAUUGACAGGAAGUUUCGGUAGCAGACUAUGUUUUCGUCAAGAUGUUAGAUUUUGUGAUUUUUGCCGUUACUUUCGUCGUCAUCCUUUUCAUAUUAGUGAUAUGGCUUUAUCCGACAUCCAGAAAGGUAACAACAGUUCCUGGUCUGGAACCAUCAAAUAAAGAUGAUGGUAAUCUCAGUGACAUAACACGCGCUGGAAGUCUGCAUAUGUUCCUGAUUGACCUACAUAAACAGUUUGGCCCAAUAGCUUCCUUCUGGAUGGGAGAGCAGCUUGUUGUUAGUAUUGCUUCUCCUGAGUUGUUCAAGCAGCAAAUGAGUGUGUUUGAUCGGCCAGGUGACCUAUUUCAGAUUAUAGCACCUUUGUGUGGUCCUACCAGCAUCCAAUUUUUGAAUGGUGCUGAAGGGCGUGGACGUAGACAGCUGUAUGAUAAAAGCUUCCUCCAUGAAAAUCUACAUGUUUACACAGAAGGACUCCAGAAGAUUUCUAAAGAGAUGGUGACCAAGUGGGGCUCUUUAGUGAAGGAGGAGCACAUUCCCCUACAACAGUACAUGAAGGCAUUUGCAACGAAGGUGGUGCUACAGUGUACUUUAGGGGCAUUUUUCCUUGAUGACAAAGAGGUCUUUAACUUCAAGCAGCACUUUGACAAGGCAUGGUCUGAGCUGGAGCAUCGUUUGCAAGACCCAUCCAUCCCACCUGAAGACAGUCCCAGAGGAAAGGCAUUCAGAGAGGCACUGAAAGGUCUUCAAGGAAUUAUCAAAAAAGCACUGCAGCACAGGGAGAAAAAUCGACUUGCCAGCAAAGAAUCUCUAAUUGUGGACCAUAUUUUAUCUGUCCACAAAGACGAGGAUGCUCAGACAUCAGACUGCUUGUCCUAUCUUGUUUAUGGUAUCCCAGCAGCUGGCAGUUUGCUGACUUGGUGCCUCUACUUUCUUGCAAGCCAUCCAACCAUUCAAGAUAAGCUAAAGCAGGAACUCAGUGGUGCUGGUGAUUUCUCUCCCAAAAGUUUGGAAAAGCUCAGGUAUCUGAGACAGGUCCUAGAGGAGACUUUUCGUUGUGCUGUUAUAGUGCCUUGGGCUGCUAGAUACCAAGAUUUUGACUCGGAGCUUGGAGGUCACAAAAUUUCUAAACGGACACCUGUGGUGCAUGCACUGGGAGUUGUUCUACAGGAUGACAACCUUUGGCCUCUUCCUAACAAGUUUGACCCAGAUCGCUUCUCAGUGGAAAAUGGAAAAGACAGGCCAACUCUUGCAUUUGCGCCGUUUGGAUUUGCUGGUAAAAGACUUUGCCCUGCCAAGGACUUUGUUUAUCUGGAGGCUGCUGUUCUAGUGGCAUCACUUGUCAGCAAGUUUAAGGUCAGCCUGGUUGAAGGUCAGGUUGUGAACCCUGUGUAUGGCUUGGUCACAAAGCCUGAGGAUGAAAUCUGGGUCACUGUGCAGAAAAGAAAUUAAAAUUUAGCUAUUACGCAUUUCACUGGUUAUGUUUUUGAAGCAAGUUUGGCUUUGAUGUGGACAACUAUGGUGGACUGAGGGAGGAAAUUUAAGAGGGGGAGGGGGAUAGAGAAAAACCUGUCAGCCUGAGGAACCACUCAAAUUCCAGGUUAAGAAGUCUAGAAGGUAAAGAAAUGGGGUCUGUUACAGUGCUGUAAAGUCACACCUCUAAAAUAUUGUUAUUUUGCAUAUGAAAAAUAAAGAUUCUUGUGCCUUGAACAUGAGAGAAUUGUUGAAAAUGAGGAGGAUUAGCAUUGUUCUGGAGGUGGCUUUUACUCCUCAGAGUUUUGUGAAGAUCUGCUCCCAUGAGGACAAGACACUAAAAUGUUUCAGAGAUAACCUGCUGUAAGAUAUUUGGUGGGUCACUAGUGUUUAACCAUAUGUAAACCUUUUGCUCUAUACCAGAACAAGUGCUUGUUACAUUUCUUGCAAAUAAUAAUUAACUUAUGACAGAUCAUCUUUUAGGGCUUAUAUUUGCAUUCUCAAUUCCUAUGACAUCUACUUCUGUAUGAUAUUUACUUGUUAAGCAUAUAAAAAGAAAAUAAAAGAUUUCUUAGUCUGUAUAUUGCUGUGAGGAUUAUUCAUUAGGCGUGAAGAUGAUCAUGCAAGUGUAGUCUGCUCUAGUAAACUAAAUAUUUAUCUCAUUAAUAAUUUUAGUUUUAUUUGACAGACAUCUAUUAUAUGCAUUUCUGUCUGACUCGACUAUUUCAAAAAUGUUUAAAUGAAGUGAAAAAAUUUCCAGUGAGAGCUUGCUAAUUCCUCAGAUUAUUUAUUUACAAUAUAUGGUUUGAAUUUUUGUAUGGCAUUUAUCAGUUCUUGUAGUCAUUUUAAAACUAUGACCUUUCAUGUUUACUUUGUAAAUUCAUCAAGUCUUUUGGAAACAAGAGCAUUUGCUUCAGUGAAAAGGUUCAUUCAUGCACUGGGAGAAGAAUGCUUCUUGUUCAACACCUGAAAAAAAAUGUUUACAAAGGCAAGAGGUUUUAAUGCAGGACAUCAUUUCUCUCUUUCUGUCUUACACACUGCAUUUAUUUCUUGGUAACAUUACAGCAGUAUGCAAAUCUAUGAACAAAUAUUUUAUUAUAAUCAUAUUAGGUGGAAUGCUAGACAUUUACUAUUAUUGCUAAUUAGCUUUUUUGCCAUGGUGGGUUGAUUAAAAAAAAUAAAAAAUUAUAAGCGGAUGCAAGAAUGUUUGGAAAUUCAGAUCUACACAUUACUGAGGCUAAAUUUUGAGUUUGGCUAUUGCCAGUGCAUCUUUCACAAAUGUCUGGAUUAUGUUAAUGGGAACAUGUCUUAGUAAUAAUCCUUAUGAAUCAAUUUGCCUGAUUUAUAUGAAGUGUGUCAUGAGAAAUGGCAAUGACUAAUGCUUCAGUAUAAUGAAUGCUGUUUGUUUUUCUUAUUGCCACCACUUCGUUUACUGAUGACAACUUUAAAGCAAGGCCACCAUGAAUUUAUUUACUUCUUUUCGUUUACUUUAGGAUUUCUAUAAGAGGAUUUUUUUUGUUCAUUUGUAUUGUUUGCUACAGUAUAUAUAUAUUUUCUUUUUUUUUGUGUGUGUGUUUCCAAAUUUCAUACAAUUUUGGGUUUGAGUCUUGUUUAUAAAAUGUAUACAUUAAUUUCUUUCUUGUUCACUUUGCUUGUAUGACUGUUAAGUAAUUUCUACUGCAAAUUUGAAAGAUACAUUUUGAACAUAACUACAAGCAUUUAAAAAAAAAAAAGAAGAUUCGCAAUAAAAUUGCCUACACAUACAAUGAAGUAAAUUUAUCACAUUUCUUCCUCAACCAUCAAACCUUUAAGAAUAUGAUUUCUGAUACUGUCAGAUUUUGUAUUUCUCUUCACUGCUGCAUAGAAAUUCAGAAGCUGUUGGUCGUGAUCACUAAAGCUUUAAGAAUGUGAGAAACAAAGAUGAAGUGAGGUUUAUGUACGCCAUUUCACACACUUGCAAAGGCCCACGCAAAGACAGCAAGCGUGAGAUGUGUUUGCUUUUCUGUUGCUUUGCUUUUUUUGAUUCAAGAAUCCUUAAACAUUUGUUGGUUAUUGUGAGUCUUCAAAAGGGUGCAGGUUUUCUAGUCUCAUUUUUGGAAUUAUUUUUGUUCCUGAUCAUAAAACUGAAAGAUAAUCAGUAAUAUUUGAAAAUGUAUUUUUUUCUUUGUGGUCUUGGUGUUUGUGAAUAAUAAUUAAUGCAAAUAAAGAAUACCAGAAAAUUC